AUGACACUCGUUCACAUUGUUCUGUUCAAGUUCCGCGCGGAUGUCGGAGACAAAGUCCGACAGGAAUUUCUCUCCCAGAUCAAAACUCUCAAGAAUCUGCCUUGCGUCAAAAGUCAAAGACUUGUUGUUGGAGGACCUUCUAUUACUACACCGAUUGAAAAGAGCAAGGGCUUUCAGUAUGCUCUGGUGAGCUAUCAUGAGAACCGGGCCGCUCUGGCCGAGUACCAAGCGAGCCAUGAGCAUGAGAGGGUGACUAGUACCUACUUCAUUCCUUACAAGGAAGAUCUGGUUCGCUUUGACUUUGAGACUGGUCAAGACGAUGAGGCGCUGCUUGGAUUCUGA